AUGGAGGUUUAUUUGUAUGUAAACGCAAGAAAUUUAUUAUUAGGUAGUGAAACAUCAAAAAUUUCUUUAAUAUCUUCAUCAGCAAAUCCAAUUAAUGUUCCAUAUAUUUACACAUUAACAGUUAGAAUUUUCGAAGGAUCCUAUAAAGAUUAUGUUGGAAUUGUUAAUGAUGGAGCUGAAUCUGAAUCAAUAUGUAAAAUUGGCCUUCAAGCUAAAUGUCAAAUAAUUACAGUUGAUAGGAAUCGAAUUGUAUCAACAUCGAAUGUUUCUCGUCAAUCAGGUGAAAUGCCUCAUUAUUAUAGAAUUUUUCUUUAUGGUUCUCAAGCUUCAUCUUAUGCAACACUUGGUUGA